GUCGGAUUCAACAUGUAGGUAUAGGAGCGCGUUUAAAUUGCCGCAAAAAGAGUCGCUGUCGCUGCGAAAUCGACGAUGGCAGAUUUCAACGAUGGAGUGGACGGCAAAUUAGCAUCCCGGAUGCGUAAAGUCAACCCUGAGCAAUUUCACACCCUCGUAAAGAUGCAUUUGUCUUUUGAAUUGGACAUCCACACGGAGGACAACGAUGCUAUUACUGAAAAAGCUAGACUGAAAAAGUGGGGUCUUCAUCUGAGUUUUAGCAGGAAAUCUAAGUCUCUGGUUAGUCUGGAGAAAGGUACAGAAGGUGUUAUUUUGUCCGAGGAUGGUAUAAAUCAUGUAAUGCAAUUGAUAAAUUACUUGUCUAUGGAGCAAAAUAUCAUACAGGAAGGUAUAUUUCGACGUACAGGGAAAUUAACAAGGCAACAGGAUUUAAAAAUUGCUAUGUCUCAAAGUUUAUCCUUAGAUCUAGAUGAUGGACGAUUCAGUGUGCAUGAUUGCGCAUCAGUGUUAAAAGGAUUUCUAGCUGAGCUGUCAGAACCACUUUUGACAGAUCUGCAUUAUCCAGCACAUUGUCAGAUAGCUGAAUUAUGCAGCCUGGAUGCAAAGACAAAUGAUGGAAGACUGCUGAGAUCUUUACAACUUCUUCUUCUGCUUCUACCAUGUUCAAAUAGAAUUCUUCUGAAGGCUAUUCUUACUUUGCUCAACAAAACUGCGAGUUAUGAGCAUAGUAAUAAGAUGAAUAGUAACACACUGGCCACUCUCUUCACACCACACUUACUAUGCCCACGAAAAUUGUCACCAGAAGCUUUACAUAUCAAUUCACAAAAUCUUUCAUGUCUGGUGGCAUUUAUGAUAAGGAAAGGUAUAGAUUUAUUUGAAAUUCCUCCGAAAUUGGCUACGGAUAUAAGAGCAUAUUGGAUGGAUCAAGAGAGAAAACUUUUGAGCCCCAAGAAUACUGAUUUGAACGAGUCGAUACCGGACACCACAUCGACGGCUCACACCGUGUUCAGUUUUGUUGAUCGUAAAUUAACAGCGAAGGCGAAUUCUACACAGGAUACACAGGCAGCAUUGGCUCAGCUAUAUGCUCAUAUACAAGCCAUGCCGGAAUCUGCAAAAAAGCGGAGACUCGUGAAACAGUUUAAUAAAGAGAAUGGACAGGGUACACCCAGACAUGUGAAACAUUGUAAAACCAAAAGUCUCGGGGAUUCUAUAAAGAAACAUAUUUUUCACAAAAGGAUUCUGGGCCACAAGAAAUUUAUUGACAUCAAUAUUGGAUGUAAUAUCGCCAGAUCAAGCAGUGAAGAAAAUAUACUAUCAACGAAACUGGAAGACUCAUUGCUUCCGGCGAGAACGCUUCUUAGCAAGUCGAACGACGAACUUAGCGUGGAGAAUUGUGAUAUCAAGACUAAUAACGACCUUUUGUAUGACAAGAAUACGAGUAGUAAUACAAGUAGCCAUAACAACGAUACGCAAAAUUGUAAAGUAAAAAGAAAGUUGUGCGAUCAGUCUGUCAACGAAGAGUUGACUCUGAAGGAUGAAGGAAGCUUGAAAGAAAUCGUGGAACAGAGUUCGAAGGUGGAUAUGUCUCCAGAUGCGUCUCCAGACCUCGACGGUGAUAGAUUUAGCUCGCUAAAGGCGCCGGUGGAGCUCAGCUCGAGUAUAAGUCUGCAGGAAAUUGAUACAAUGAACGUACUCAACGAACAAUCUUGCAAUAUCGCGCAUGUUGCGACUAGUGACAGUAGUCCGAUCGAUUCCAACAAAUUAACACGCCAGUUCAGCGAGCCAUCCGACAUAUAUUCCGCUCAUCAUUGUGAUCGGUCAUCAAUAACGAAUGACUGCGAGUUAGUUCAACCGAAAUCAGAACCGACAUUGCCGUUUGUUGCGAGACCGGAUUCACAGACCGACAACAUUACCCUGCCUUUGAAGACUCGUAUGUUGAAUGUGGAAACAUCGAAUGAAAUCGCUCCGAGCGUUGAGCCGCGCACCGGUAACGCAUGCCAUUUGUCGCCGAUUGUAAGAAACCGAUUUAGGAAUGUAUAUGCCGUCCACACAUCGACGCCGUCGAGCUUGCUGCGACGCAGUUUGGUUACUAAUGACUAUAUACUAACACCUAUCACUAACAACGACGACAGAAGUAUGAGUCCGAUCACACAGAGUGCCACGAAGAUGUCAAAGGCUAUGCAGGAGAGCAUAAUGACCCCGCGUUCCAGAAAACCAGUGAUGAUAGUCUCAGCGUCGAAUCUUUGCAAUCUUGUGACCAACAAUUGCGAUCAACAGUCUAAUGUAUCCAACAGCGCUCUGCGUGGAUCGCAUUUCGGUGCGACAAACUACGCCUCUAUCUUAGAGGAAUCCCAAACGUACAGCAACAGCGCGGACCACGCGCUGUGUCACGUUGCGAAGGAUGCUCGUCGUGUCUGCGAUGUAGGAUGCAAUAUGCUCGACACACUUGAGAAGCACAGCUGCGGCAAUUUCUCCGUUACCAAGUGUUGCACCACGACGACACAGCAGAGUUCCAUGUCGAUAACUAGCACGUUUCGUGAAUAUUUGUUGUCGAGAAGCGUCCUGACGGCCAGCCCGGUUGACUUAAGUUUCACAUCGCGAACGGGUGACUUCGAGCAGUCCGAGUCAGACUUAAAUAUUUUGAACGACGAGGACACGUUGUCCGACAGCUUACUCCAUUGCCUGGACGGUAACCAGCCGGACACCUCCGACACUUCCGGCAUAGCGUCUGGCAGCACAAACAGCGUCAAUAACUCCACCGAAAAGAUGUCAGAGGAGUCCUCUUCGCCACGGAAACGAGGCACUAGUUUGCAACGAAAUGAUUCGAAGAGGUCCGCGAUGGAGAACAAAGAUGCGAAAGGUCACGAGCAUUUAAAGUAUAGACAUCCGCAAAAUGAAUCGGCAUCGAUGAACUCUGUGAAAAUGAAAGAUAUUUUCCAACAGACCUCGUUUUAGUAGUCAUGCUUUUUUCGAGACACGAUCAUUACACAAUGUGAAUCGAUCCGCAGUCUUUAUACGAUCAACAUUAUAUAUCGUCGCUGUAACUUAAUAUUAAGAUAUCUUUAGAGAGUUAAAUUUUUCGAGCGACAUUAUUCACAUUUUUCACUCUAUGAACUUAAAUUUUUAUUUUUUUAAUGAGAAUACGGCGCUACAUAUGAAAGAAUAGUCUGAUUUAUAAUUUAAUUUACGUACUACUAUAUUCACUUUAUUGCCUUGAAUUUUUUAAAAGAAUGUCUCAGUAUGUUGCGUUAUAUACUAUACAAAAAGUUAGUUUGUACGAAUAAUCAAGAUCUCGUUAUUUAAAGAUAUCUUGAUAUUGCGCCAGAGCAACGAUAUAUCGUUAAAUAUACCUAAGUCGCUAUAUUUUUGUACACUAUAACGAAACAGAAAAAUGCGAUUCGUUGAAGUUUAUUGAUAUAUGAUAUAACGUAAGUUUCAUCGAGCAAAUAAUUGACGGUUCGAUAACUGAAUUAUUUAUUCUAUUUACAAGAACUAAACGCUUAUAAUAUAUGCACAUAUAAUACAUAGAAUAUUUAUACAAAAGAAUUCUAUUUCUUUUUCAUGUCACUCUUGAGGAAGGCAUUUGCGAAAGCUAUAUGUACUGAGUACUAAGACGCAAUUAAGUAUUUUUCUAAUUAUAUUCUUUUAGUUUGUUUUGAAUCUAUUAAAUUGCAUAAUAUAUAACUUUAUACUUUGAUAUAGAACAUGAUUUUUGUGCAUUCUAAACAAGUUUACAAUAUGCAUAAAGUUUGUUGAAGUAUUUAUAAAUAAAAAUAAGUUUAUAUGACGAAUCGUAUAAUACGAUAUUUAUUCUAUAGUAGCGGUUGUACAUGUGACUGUAAAUAUUUUGAAAUUUAUUAAAAAUUAACAUACUAUUAAUUGUCCGAUAUUUACCUCUAUAUAGAAUAUAUUAUCUUUACAUAUAUAUAUAAGCGAGUAUGCAUGUAUAGAUUUUCUUGAAUUUUUCGACAUCUUUAAUACGAACUGAAAGUAGCUGAAAAAAUGAUUCUGUCAAGAACCGCCAACUGUCUGAAGAAAGUAAUGCAUACACGCUAUCAUAAACAAUACAGUAUCAUUAUAUUAUCUCAUACAACAUUUAUAUCAAUGUGAGUUGUGUUAGUUGUGUGAAUUGUGUUAUUUUAUUUUUCUUUUCACAUUCCUUGUUUUUAAUCAGAUACUCGGAUUGUUUUCAUUUUGAUGAAUUUUGCAAGU